UGACGCUCAGAUGCGUGGUAGCAGACACAGCUUCAACCAAGGACUUGAGAGCAUACUGUAUUUGCGAGGACUGGGCCACAAAAAGCGAUUUACACCUCAAGACUCUUAUGAUAUCGCAAAAACUAAGACGGUGCAGUACCCUCUGUACGAAGUGCAAUGGCUAGAAAAACGGACAUUCCUUCUUCUUACUAUGGUGAGCCUCGCAAGUUUGACCCAACUUUUAGAGGACCCAUCCACAACAGGAGCUGCACUGACGUUGUGUGCUGUGUUAUCUUCGUCAUCGUCAUCCUCGGUUACAUCGCUCUGGGCACCGUGGCUUGGAUCCAUGGAGACCCUAGGAAGGUGGUCUACCCAACCGAUAGCCAUGGACAGUUCUGUGGUCAGCAGGGGACCCCUAAUGUAAAUAAAGCCAUAUUAUUCUACUUCAACAUAUUGCAAUGUGCCAAUCCUGCAGUCCUCAUUAACCUUCAGUGCCCUACCACCCAGCUGUGUGUCUCCAAGUGCCCUGACAGAUUCGCUACCUACCUGGACAUGCAAUACAACUACAGGUACAACAAGAGCUACUGGGAUUACUAUAGACAGUUCUGCAAACCCGGCUUCGACAAUCCAAGCAAGCCAGUAGCACAAGUCUUACGAGAUGAAGACUGCCCAUCCAUGAUAGUGCCAAGCAGGCCAUUCCUUCAGCGGUGUUUCCCUGACUUCAUCACCAGGAACGGAACACUAACUGUUGCCAACAAGACUAACUUCAAAGAUGGACUAGGUAAAACGAGGAGUGUUGUCGAUCUCAGAGACGCUGCCAACCAAGUUACCGCCGUGCAGCAAGGAGUGGAAAGUGGCAUUACCAGUCUGCUUGAUGCCAAAGAGGUUGGCAUGAAGAUCUUUGAGGACUAUGCCAGUUCUUGGUAUUGGAUUCUAAUUGGUUUAGUUAUAACAAUGGUGGUCAGCCUGGCCUUUAUCCUGUUGCUGCGAUUCACUGCUGGUGUGCUUCUGUGGCUUAUCAUCUUUGGGGUUAUCGCUGCUGUGGGCUACGGUAUCUGGCACUGCUAUUGGGAGUUCAGCACAUUGCGAGGGAAGCCAGACGCAGAUGUCACAGUCUCAGAUAUUGGUUUCCAAACUGACUUCAGGGUUUACCUACAGCUUAGUCAGACCUGGCUGGUCUUCAUGAUCUCCUUGUCAGUCAUUGAGGUGGUCAUUGUGAUAAUACUUAUAUUUCUAAGGAGGAGAGUACGUAUUGCCAUCGCACUUCUGAAGGAGGGAAGCAAGGCAAUUGGCUAUAUUACGUCCACCCUGUUCUACCCGAUCAUCACCUUUGUGCUGCUGGCCAUCUGCAUAGCCUACUGGGCUGUCACAGCAGUCUUUUUGGCAUCUUCUGGUGACGCAGUCUACAAAGUCAUGUCCACGCAGUCCAACUGCAUGUACUCCAACCUCACUUGUGAUCCAGAGACAUUUAGCCAGACCAAUGUCACCAAGGUAUGCCCAGGCUCCCAGUGCACAUUUGCCUUCUACGGAGGGGAAAGCCUCUACCAUCGCUACAUCUUCGUGCUGCAGUUGUGCAACCUGCUGGUGUUUCUGUGGCUGGUCAACUUCACCAUCGCCCUGGGCCAGUGCACUCUGGCCGGGGCUUUCGCCUCCUAUUAUUGGGCCCUGAAGAAGCCCAACGACAUCCCCACCUGUCCCCUUUUCUCCUCCUUCAGCAGGGCUAUACGCUAUCACACAGGUUCCCUGGCUUUUGGUUCUCUGAUCCUGGCUGUGGUCCAAAUGUUCCGCAUAGUUUUGGAGUACCUGGAUCACAAACUUAAAGGCGCUCACAAUGCAUUCGCACGGUUCCUCCUCUGCUGCCUCAAAUGCUGCUUCUGGUGCCUGGAGCAUUUCAUAAAGUUCAUGAACAGGAACGCCUACAUCAUGAUAGCAAUAUAUGGGAAGAACUUUUGCACUUCAGCCAAGGAUGCUUUCUUUCUGCUGAUGAGGAACGUUGUGAGGGUGGCUGUCCUGGACAAGGUCACAGACUUUUUACUCUUCUUAGGAAAACUGCUUAUUUCAGGAAGUGUGGGUGUCCUAGCAUUCUUCUUUUUCACUCAUAAGAUACCAGUAAUUCAAGAGGAGGUGCCAUCUUUGAAUUACUACUGGGUCCCCUUACUGACGGUGAUAUUUGGAUCCUACAUGAUUGCACAUGGCUUUUUUAAUGUCUACGCCAUGUGUGUGGACACCUUGUUCCUCUGCUUUUUGGUGGAUUUGGAGGUCAACAACGGCACUGCUGCCCGCCCCUUCUACAUGAGCAGUAACUUAAGAAACAUACUCAACAAAAAGAACAGCAGAAGAAAAGAGAAGAGGUAGAGUGAAGGAGAGAAGGGGUAAGAGUUGGCUGGUUUAAACGAUGACCUAAGAAGACUGAAGAGAAAACCAGGAAUACUUUGGAGAUAUUAUGAUUUAAAAAAUAAACUUAUUAUGUGGUUUCAUCGGUGUUAUGCUUUUUGGGAGUUCUCUUUUGGUAAGUGUGAGCUAAAGACUGCGUGCCACACUGGUAAAAAUGUAUAUUGUUGGGACCAAAUAAUGCAUGAAUUAAUUGGUAUGGCCUGGUAUAAACAGCACAAAAGUUGUCAAAAAGGGUGAGUGAUUUCUGCCAGACUGGAUUUCAUGCUUUUCCAAGAUUAGUGGUGGUCCACGAGGUUGUGCAAUCUUAAGAAUCCCCGAUGUAUAGUAUUGUGUCAAGAAAGGGAAAUUAACAGUCGAUUAAGGUUGAUUGUUAAAUGCUUAUUACUUGCCAUGUAUGAUUAUAGCCCACAAGAUCAUUUUAUUUUCUCAUAUUGAGAAAUGUACAGUGUCCAUUAUUCAUCUCUAAUUUAGCACUGUACUAUGAGUAUGUAAUAGCAUUACAAUUAAAGUGUUUCAUUCAUAAGUGCCUUAUAUGCUUUUUUUACAAGCAUGUCAAAUGUUUAAUUGUGUUGAAAUAAAAUAAUUAACUUGAUGUUUCACUGGAUAUAAUUAAAUACUGAAGUGGACAGAUUCAUUUUUAACACCAUGUGUAGUUCAAUAGAAGGAUAUUGAGUGUUAAUGUCAGUGUCAUAGUUUCCUAUAUGCAAAAUGAAUUUCCUGUGUUUGAAUGCACCAUUCCCACUUUGUCAAUUUUAGUCGGCAAUUUCCAAAAACAAUGUAUGUACCAAUGUAUUACAGCUUAACAGUGGUCCACUUGGUGUUGUUUUUAGUUUUUUCAUAUAUAUUGAUAACUUAAUUUUAGUGAAUUAACUAUGCAUGUGAGUGUUUUCUAGUUUAGUUUUUUUGUAUACCCCACUGUUGAUAUGUACUGUACUGUUGCUCUGACCCUUCCUUGAGAUACAGAAAUCAGAUAACAUUGAAGUACAUAGUGGUUUCCCCCCCAUCUGUGAACUUAAUUAUUUUGUUUCACCUCAGUCAUGUACUGUAGAGACAAAGAUUAUUGUUUAAAGUGUCAACCAAAACAUUUUGUACCUUGAUUUGUCAUGGCACUGCACUAAUUGUUACAGGUCAUUUGAAUAUAUUGUAAUGUAUUCUAAGAUAAUGUCACCUUUCUUAUGGACUUUUUGUAUCGCAAGUGCUUGUAUGUAACUUAAUUUUUUUUCAAAUGUUACAAUAAACAGCUGUUGUUAUGAAAAAGUAUUUGUAACA